UUCGACAGAAAUGUCCAAGAAGGAGGCCGGUGUCUCAUAUGUCGACUGCUCCAACCGAGAUGAACCUCUGCGGAAAAACGAGCUGUGCGAAAUCGACAUUUCGCAAUUUGGCUCAAAUUGCAGUAAGGCCCAGAAAUUCGGCUAUUCCAUGGGAAAGCCGUGCAUUUUCAUCAAAUUGAACAAGAUUUACGGCUGGGUGCCACCAGUUUUCGAGACCGUCGACGAAUUGCCCGAGGAUAUGCCCGGGUACUUGAGGGAUGAAAUCAAGUCCCAGUACUCGGAUGGGCAAAAUAAAAUCACAAAGAAAAUGGUCUGGUUGUCAUGCCAAGGCGAGAAUGCGGCCGACAAGGAGAACAUCGGAGAGUUGAGCAUCACUCCGUAUCCUGGCAUUCCGGCGGCGUACUUCCCGUUCAUGAGGCAGCCAGGGUACACGAGUCCCAUGGUCGCUAUUCAUUUCAAGAGACCAGAGCCGGCUGUGUUGAUCAACAUUGAAUGCAAAGCGUGGUUCAAGGGCGUCGUGCACAACCGCCGCGACCGAGUCGGAUCCGUUCACUUUGAGCUCCUCGUGGACUAAGGAAAACUUUCCCGUUCUAGUGCUGCCUUUUUGCCCCCGAUUCCCCAUUCUACUCUAUCGUGUUUUCUAAAAAAAAAUGAAAGAAGAAAAACUUGAAAGGGAAAAAAAAAAUCAAGAAGAACUCGUCGGUUUUUUUUUUCUGCGGUUAUGCGCGCGAGGCGAGAAAAAAAAGGCGUGAGUUGACCAGGGCAAGAAGCAAGAUUUUGACGUAGUCUUCGUCCUGGCUCUUAGUUUUUUCCGUUCGUUCGUUCGUUCGUUCGUUUCCAGAUGUCGCGUGUGUAUGGUGUUUUUUUUUCUUUCCUGUAUUUCGUGGCAAUAACGUGUCCCUCCCCCGCUCUGGUAACGAUCGCGGUGAUUUUAUGGAUGAUAGUUGCACGGUGCUAACCCCGGUUAUACUUUUUAAUUUAAUUUUAUUUUUUAUUUUGUCUCCGCGAAAUGAGUUUGCGGAAACAAAACAGAAAAACGGAGGAAAAAAACGGGGGGUGGCGGCUAUUCGAAUUAAUUGCGGGUCGCCGCCGCCUUUUUUUUUCUUUUUUUUUUUUUUCCUCGCCUUCGUCGUCGUCGUCGUGUGUGCAAUAGGUGUGUGUGUUCGUGGGGAGGUCCGAAAGUUCGAUCAGAGACGUUUAAGUUACAAUCGGGAAAUUUGAUUCUUCGUUAAAAGUAAAUAUUAUUAUCUUGAUUUAUUAUGAUUAUGAGGAUAUUGUAUGUAUUAGAUCUUGAACGAAAAGUCAAAUUCUGCUGGUGGAUGAUCAGCGAUGAAUGACCUGAUGCCUUGUUUUUUUCGCUUUUAAAUCAGGACCUGUAUGAUUUUUUUGAUUGAUUCUUUUUUAGGAAAAUGCAAGUCAAUUUAUGAAUUGUUAAAUUAUAAAAAAAAAUCCCGGAAAAUUUCGGAAAUCAAAAGAAAAAUCAAGAAGAGAGUCUGGAAUUCCUGGCUUAUUGAGGUUAGCAUUCAAAACAUUUUUCAAAUACUUUUUUUACUGGGAAUUUUUCAAUUUUGUCAACGGAAUCCAAUUUUAACGCCUGGGUUUCUCCUGGUAUCUGAUGCGAAACCUUAAAAAAAAAAGCUGAGAUUUCGUUUUGCGAAAAAAAAAAUUACUCGGGUUAAAUUAUUGACGUAAACGGAUUUUUUUUUUUUACGCUCUGAAAAAAUCUGGUAAAAUCUUGAAAUUUUCAACUAUCUAUUUGUGUCUUUGGGGGACGUAUCGGAAAGCAAGGACUUCGUCAUGCUAUUUUAACUUCUUUCCAUUUCUCUCAAGCCACGAUUUUCUUGUACAUUUAAAUUUGUAGAACCAAUUAUUAGAAAGCGCUACGGAAAAGAGAGGUAUAUUAAUUUUGUGAGCACUCUGUACAUGUUUUGUUUCAAAUUUAAAUUUUUCGAAAGCAUUUCCGUAAUUCUCUUUUCGAUUAAAAUUUUCGUAAAUUUAUGACAGCUGGAAAAAAAAUUCUUGAACGUUUUGAUGUUUAUGUUGAUGCAAAAAUAAUUUUUUUUCAAGUGCUCUGAAUAAUGACGGAGUAAUAAUGAAUACAAGGUGCUCAUCUAAGUUUGGAUCCCUCCCAAAAGUUCAGAAAUUUUCACGCAUUUAAUCU